GUUUACGGGUGACGUCACAAAGUCCGCAUCCCUCUGUUAUGGUGGCCUUGCACGUCUUGCAUAGCGAAAAAUGAACGUAAAAACAAUGAAUUAUUAAGAAACCGCACAGCAGAUGUGAUGCCGGAGGAAGACACCAAAGGCUGGAGAUCCUUCUUGGAGCUUACAUGAAUAUUCAAUGAGAAAAUUGAUUUAGCAUCAAAAUCUGAGCAUCAUGGAACUUACUAAUCACGCAGUCACCGAUUCACUUCCUGCUGAAGCAAAUCUGGACAAUGGAUCGCUUUCAUUGUCAGAGCAUCUUUCUUCCUCUGAGGCACUAGUAGAUCCUCUUGUACAUGGAAUAGAGGUUACAGAGGAUACGGCACAAAGCAAUGGUCUCGGGUUAAAACUUAACCUCUAUGUUCCAGCACAUCCAUUAAUAGAACCGAUAUCUCCUGCAGAGGUAACCAUUGAGCAGUGUGUGCUUCCCACAGCAUUUCAAGAGACCGGCCCACAACCUGAAGCCACUGAAGAGAAAACGCAUGAAACUGGUGACCUCACAGUCAUUCCUCCUGAUACUCAAUCGAGUCAGAUUGAGCCGAACUCAGAUAUUCUGACAGAAUCAGCACCCAACAAUACGAGUUUAUCAGACUGCAGUCAAGAAUGCUCGUCUGAAUGUUCAACAGACUUUAAAGAAACACAAAAUGAUUGUGUUGCGGUGAAAGAAACCAUUCAAGGCACACACGAAAUAACAUCUGAUCCUGAUCUCUCCAAAGAGCCAAGAUGUGAAUCAGACUCCCCCACUAAUGUAUCCAGUGUAUGCACACAAGACGGCGUUAGAAAGAACAUCCCUCCAAAGAAAGACAAAUAUGCCCCACUGAAAAUCAAAGUGAUGCCUCUCACCUCAUCUCAGAUCUCCCUACAAUGCCAGGAAUGUCACAUCAUCUUUCAGGACCACAAAAGCAAAGAACGGCACAUCAAAAUAAGCCAUCCUGCAGAGUACGCGCAAUGCAUGCUGGCGGAUGCACUCUUUGCCUGUUAUGUCUGUGAUAAGCAUUUCGCUUGCUCAGCAGAUCUCAAGGCCCAUCAAAGCACACACACAGAGAAAGAAAGAUUUAAGUGCCCUCUCUGUGAUGAGGCCUUCACAAGAUCUUGUGAGCUAACAAGUCAUAAGAAAGUUCACUUUAACAAACAAGGUUAUUCCUGCUUGGAGUGCGGCAAGCUUUGUAAAACCCUUUCACUGCUUACAUACCACCAGCGAGUGCACGGCGAAAAGCCUUAUGUUUGCAAACAGAAUCACUGUGGCAAGAAGUUCACUACAGACAAAUCUCUAAAGAAACAUCAGGAAAAGCACAAAGAGGGGGAUAAAGAGGGUCUGGCUGACCUGAAAAAUGCCUCGGACGCCACAAAGAAACGGAAGAAUAAAGGCACAAAUGAACGGAAAUUCAAAUGUUUACAUUGUGAUGCAAUCUUCAAGACUUCUAAAACACAACUUCUUCACAUAAAAAACAAACACUCUCAAGAAAAAGUAAUGCAGGGUCAAAACAAGACUGUGUCCGUGUUACAAACAAACCCAGCGGGACUUAUAAUAACCCAGACGACACAUGGACAUCCACAGACAAUGCCUACGGAAGGUGGUGUGCCGAUAACACAGCAAAUAGAUGUGCUGGAUGCUGAGGAAAUUAAACGAUUGAUCGAGAAAUUGGAUAAUGUAAAAAAAGUGAAUCAAUUGGUUAUACUGCCUUUUCAGACACAAGGAUUAAUGAAGCCACUGCACUUAGAUUUUACCCAGUCGACAGAUCAGCCAACAGAAUGCAUGCAAACUGACACAGACCCAUCAAAUGAGCAAAAUAAUCAACAUCUAUCAACAGAGAUGGAAGAUUUGCAGCAAAAUGAAACUGUGGUUCUGUCACAGGUGGAAAAUAUUAUUUCGUCAGAAAACUCGAGACUUGAUACUCAAUUGGCACCUGCGGUAUUGACUGAGGCACAGUCUCAACUUGAUGAAGUUUAUCUCGAUCUCAUACCAGUUCAGACUGAAACUUCGGAUUUACUGGAUCAAACGCCUUUACAGGUACAAGUGUCACAGAGUGAUGCAGUUUUUGAGCAGGCACACACUGCAGAGUUCCAGCACAUUCCAGUUACACAAGACAGCUUAGCUUUGGAGACAACAAUUGAAUCGCCCCUUAUUCCACUAACUGAAACAGAGAAGUGUCAAAAUGUUGAGGAGAAUAAUGCAUCGCUAACUUAUGAUGUAACAAAUGCAUCCCUAACAAAUAAUGUAACAAAUUCAUCGCAAACAAAUGCAUUGCUAACAAAUAAUGUAACAAAUUCAUCGCAAACAAAUGAUGUAGUAUCAGAGGAGGCCGUUAGCAAUGCAGACCUGCUGUGUUCUGGACAAAUACAAGAUUUAACUGACUUUGACUCACAGGUGCUAUGUGGGCCAACUGACACAACCAAGUUAGGUGAGUCUCAAGAACUUGAACAAAUUCAAGCUCAAAAGGAUCAAGUUGACCCGGAGAAAGAGCCAACCAUUGUGAAACCACAAUCUCAGACUAAGCAGCCUUCCCUUAAUAAUUUGCAGAACAGCACAUCAACAGACAUGCAGUCAAAACCAAGAAAAAAGAAAAAAUCCUCAAAACCGAAGGUAAUGACCAAACCAAACAAAACCAAAGUCAAACAAAAUCCAAUUUUGCAAAAAAGUGAGCAGGACCAGGUGGAUGUUUUGGCAAAGCAUGACAGUAAACAAUGCUUUAAACAAAAAGUGCCAAAAGAUAAAAAAGCAAAGGGGGCUGAAGGUAAAUCAGAGGAAGAAAUUAAGUCGACACAUCAAACAAAUGUUGUUAAAGACAAUGUUUCGGUGGUUCCCCAAGCAACCAAAACAAAACCUCAGAAAAGAAAAAUGACUCCGAAUCCGAGCAAUUUAAUCAAGAAGUCAAAGACUGUCCAGAACCAGAGCAAUUUAAUAAAGUCAAAGACUGUCAAGAAUCAGAGCAAUUUAAUACAGUCAAAGACUGUCCAGAAUCAGAGCAAUUUAAUAAAGAAGUCAAAGACUGUCCAGGAAGCUCAACAAGAUGAAACAUUGAUACCUGUGCAAAAGAAAAAGAAGAAAUGCAAGACACCUCAAGAAGAUUGCCCCAACCCUAUCCCGAAGGUUAAAAAACCCAAAAAGAAUGAAUUUCAGAAAAACAAUCUUAAAAUGCCAAAGCAAAAAGUAGCAAAAAAAAGUAGUCUUGAUGCUCCAGACCAAUGCCAAGUUGAGAAACAAGCUUUGCUCUUAUUGAAAGGGCACAAGCAGCCUCAGCUGAAGGUACACAAAUUGGAUGCCACCGAACUAGAAAAAUCACCCUCGAACAAGUCUGAUGUAAAAGAGCCUUCACUUUUGCAGGAACAGGAAAUAACGCCGAGCAAAUCAAUCAAAGUCACAAAACAAAAGAAAGCCAAAUUAACUAAUAAAAAUAAAUUGUUAGAGGGUCAGGGCAAACACUUGCCUAUGGAAAAGUCUCCUGUUGACAGCAGCUUUACAUCUUCAGCGGCAAAGCCUAAGAUUUCACGGAAACGAAAAGCACCUACUAAAAUAGACCAAGAAAUUGCACUGAGCCCUCCGUAUUCCCGACUUACCCUGGGGUGUCAAGACUGUGGGACGACAUUCUCAGAGGUGUCCGCUUUACAGGAACACAUGGCAUCUUUUCACUCUGCUGAGAAGAUGGCUGUCCAAGAUGAGGCUGUUGGUGUUAGGAAGAAAAGUGACAUGCGAACUAAUGAAAAACAUUAUCAACCUAAUGUCUUUGAAAUUCAGGUAGCGACUGAUUGGGAAAUGGGAGAGAUUUUGGGAGAUAGGGAUGAGCCAAGACUUUCAUUUCCAGUACUGAGUCCAUCUCCUUCUUUGACACUUCCCUCAAACUGUGUUGAAGGAAAGGAAAGUGAAGGAGGCAAAGAAGUUGAAGGAACUGUUUCUGGACCUGAGGAAACUUCUUCAGAGGUCUGCCAGGUGUCAACCCCAGCCACAGUCGAAAGUACUGCGCCACAAGAGGUCACAGAAAAUACUGAAAGUAGUGACAUUGUGGUAGACAAAGAACCAAGCGAAGAAGUAGGGCUCAUCACAGAAGUCAAAGAUCCAGUGGAGGAGGAAAUAAAGGAAGAGUUGCCCUUAGAUGUAAAUUUAGUCAUGGUUGGAGAUCAUAAUGAGGAGAAUGGGAUGAAUAUUCUUUCUAGUAUCUCCUCCCAAGAACAUGAAAUUGAAUUGAGCAAAUCUCAUCCAUGUUCUGAGCCUGAACAGACUGCAAAAAAAGCAGAUGUAGCAUUGACUGAAAAUGUUGUUACGGAAUCUGAGGUAAAGCAAGAAGAGGAGGAGACUCUUGUACAUAGAACUGAUGAUCAAAAAAGAGGGAUGGGAAGAAGUUCUGCGAUAAGGGGGAAGAAGGGUGUUGCAAAAGGCCAAGGCAAAAGACUGGUUGGGAAAAAGACUAGCAAAGCAAACAGAAGUAAAAAGGACACAGAAACAAAAAAGGAUCUACAGGAUUGCCAAGUUGUCUAUCAGUUCUGUGUACUCAAUGAUACUCCGGAGGUAAAGGACAAAGAAACAGACAUGAAUGGAGAUAAGGCCUCUGAAACCUGUCUACUGUCAUCUGCUGAGGAGAGUCCUGAGGAUCAGGUAGUGUUUGAGUUGGACUCUGUUACCACAAGUGUAACAGAGGUGAUGAAUUCUCAAGAUGGUUCAUUAAUUGAGACAUCAACAGAGCUGAUUCGAGAUGACAGAUCUCCAGGAAUCAUACUGGAAAAAUUCUUGACCGCUCGUGAGAGCCAGAAUCAGAGGACACAGGCUAAUUUAGAGUUGGACACCAGUGUGGCGGAUGUGAAAAUAGAAGAACGUUCUUCAAACCAGGCUCCUCACAGUCUAACAUCUGAGAGAAGAGUACAAAUGUUUUUGGUAAAAGCAGAGGAACACUUUGCUCUGAAUGAGCCAUUGAUGUUCCAGGCUCACCAGCCCACUGAAAACCAUCCUGUUUCAUGUCAAGAUGACAUCAUUGAUAAGAACGGAGAUGGCAUCUCUUCUGACUCGCAUAUAGUUCCCCUGCACUCGUACAGCAAACAAUGUAUUUUUUACCCUGUUAAGGAGGAAGAGAAAGAACAUUUAGUGGAGUCUUCUCAUGCAGAUCAGAAGGGUUUGGAUUCAGAGGGGUUGGAAGGGGCUUCAUCUGCAAUAGAAGAAUGCGAGGAAAUUGCGAUGGAUUCGGUACAAAUGGAAAUGCCCCAUCUUUACACUAACUCUGAAGAGGGUGAUGUUAGUGCUGAACAGCAAAGCACACAGGGCUUCCUGGAGUUCCUUUCCCAGAAUUCAGACUCUGAUGAAUCUCCUGUUGUCCAUUCAGAGCCAGAAGCUGAAACCAUUUUGAUGUCCUGUUACCAUGGUAUACAGAGUAAUGCUACAGGACAUCAAAAUGGAGCUGAGAUAUGUGACCCUAGUGGCAGACAAAUUGCUAGUCCUUCUCAAUCAGGCCACAUAGAAGCAGAGGGACAGCCUAGUCGGAAGCCCAUUAACUACUUCAGCCAGUAUUUUAGUUGGAACACAUGGUCGGAAAUUGCUGUCUUUACCGGAGAAAUGUCAAAACUGCCGAACCCGGUUACAGAAAAAGAGGUUGCACAGUAUGUAGGAAUCCACAUAGCAAUGGGAACACUCAAGUUUCCUAGCACCAAGCUCUACUGGGAAGACUUCACCAGAGUCCCUCUUAUCUCCGAUGCCAUGUCGGCUUCAAGAUUCUGGGAGCUCACUCAUACACUGAAGCUCGCCAGCGCUGGUGGACCUUCUGUGGAAAAAAAUAGUGAUCAUCAAUCUCCAGAAAUGAAUGGAGACCCUUCCGAGCCAAUUAAUAAAUCUCAAAGUCAUGCCUCUUCAUGUGACACAUCCAGAAUAUUCUCCCAAUCAUGUAAAGAGGCACAUGAUCCUCUGUGGAAAGUAAUGAUGUUGAUUAACCGAGUACAAGAGGGGUGUCGGGCACUGAAGCGAAAUGGAAGUUUUGGGGUUGACCAGUACCCACUUCCUUUUCAAAGACACCCAACCCAUUCGUUACUUCACACAGUUGUGGUAAAUUGUGAAGGGUUGGUUGUGGACUUUAUCUUGAGUAUCGAUGACUCCAAUAGAGAAACUGUAGUUGAAAAAAUGGUCUCCAGAGGCAAGGACAGAAAUGAAGGGAUGGUGUUUCUUUGCAAGCCAGAGCUGUCCACACCUUCUAUGUUGGAGCAUCUUUUAGAAGUUGGCGUGCAAAGUGCUGGCAAGGUUGGUGGGGCAAGAGGGCAAAUUGGUGACGAGUUUGUGAGCUCGGAUGGUAAACUCAAGCUAUUCAGAUGUCAUCAUGGCUUCAUCCUUUCUGCGGUGGUAAAGGAAAAGCCACGCUCAACAUCUCUUGUCAGCGGCUUUGAGCGAGCGAUUAAGGCUGCGAAUCUGAACCGGGACUUGAGAAGUCUUUAUCGUACUCCGAGCACAAACUCAGCAGUCAGCGCUUGGCCACAGUCUGUACUCUGGGACUUAAUUGAUCUGGUAUUGGUUAACGCAUGGAUACAGUAUAAACAAGAUUACAGUCAUAUUGCAGAUUUGCCAUCACUUAUGGCAUUUCGUUUAGAGGUGGCCAAAGCUUUAAUCCUCUCUAGUGGUGUCGAUGCACAAGACUCAUCGCCCCCCUGCCCUCCUGCCCCAAAACAACAUGGUCCUGAUACAAGUUCAAGACCUUCUCCAGUUCUUGAGACCCCUUUGCCUGAUGUGGAUACUCGCUAUGAUGGUUUCGGACAUUGGCCAGAGCAAUUAGCAGAGAGUGAGGAGGCCAAGUGUAGGUUUGGAGGAUGCGGACGAACGUCGCGUGUGCGAUGUCUUAAAUGCUGUGUGUUCCUUUGCAUUUCUCGAAACCAUAAUUGCUUUCUUAAGUUUCACAGUCAGGGUGCUUUGUAAGGCCUACUUUCUGUGGACAUGUGGUCGUUAAAACAAAUUAGUUUAUUGACAAUUAAGUUAUCACUUACUAUGUAGAGCCAACCCUAUGUGUUUGUGUCUAGGGUAUGUAUAAUGUUAUAAUGAAAUUUUUAGUUUAAUGUUCAUUGAAUGUAAUGGUGUGUUCUUAUUUCCUAUUGAAGUUGUAUUUUAUAUGUAAUUUUAUAAUGCAUUUUAUUGUGUUCCACCUGUUUUAUGCAUUGUUAGAAUAUUAUUCAUUGUCCUAAAAGGAGAGCCAGUGUUCUGAAUGUGAUUGUGUUGCAA